AUGACGCAGAUGCCCGCAGAGCUUUCCAUUUUGAGGGCGACCAUACAAACGCAUCACAUCAAGAUGAAUCUCGGGUGUCGUGCCGCCUGUUACAUCCAGCUCAUGCAUGGAAACGCAACCAAGGGCGUCUCGAGAGAGACAGAUAGAAACAGAGAGAAACACUUUCUCUGUGCCGCCGUCACUCGACCGUUCGAGGGUGUCGACGUUCUCGGCCCGCCAAGUGAUAUAGAACGGAAAGCGAAGAUGAAACUGGCGGUCGAGAUCGCCGAAGACUUGAAGAGACACAUUGACUAG